GAGACACGCAAUGUGAUUAGGAGCGGCGGUAGCGGAAGGCAGACGGUGCGCGUGAAGGCUAGCCAAAAUGCACAGAGUAACGGUGGCCCAGAUUUGGAGGACUCUGAGACAAAGCCGCUUUAUUCUCUCUUCCCGCUGAGAACACAAAGAAGAACCGAACAACAAACAACCAUCAUCGCCAAAUUCCUUACUCCUUUCUUCCAACCAAAACUCCAUUAACAAACAUCUCCAUCUCCUACAAGAUCCAAAAAACGGACAAUACUAUGUUCUUCUUCACUACCAGUGCCCUGAUAGUCAAGAUGUAUGAAUGUCUGUGGAGAAGUUUGGUGAGGGAAGUGCUUGAGGUGGUUCCUAUACGCAUGUAGGAUAAAUAUUCAGUACAGCAAAAAGGAAAAUUUCUGCUCCUUGGCUAUUGUAGAAAUUGAAAAAAUUAACUCCAAAAUGAUCGAGCAGGAACUGACUUUUAAUCUUCAGAAGUGAUGAGCAAAAAAUCUACAUUAUUUUAGUGGUUGAUUCUUUGGCCUUAAGUCUGAGCAACCCCUAGUUGAUCUAAUAGGAAUAGGAGUAGUCAAACUGGAGAUUAGCUGAUAUUCUUAGGGGACAAUAUGGAAGAAAGAGAUGAAAGUACCGAUACAGAAUCAAGACCUAAUAAUAAUGCUGAAGCAGUACAGGAAGCCAAGGCCAGUGUCGAUAUGGAAGAAAGAGAUGAAAAUACUGGUACAGAAUUAAGACCUUUCAAUAAUGCUGAAUCUGUACAAAAAGCCAAGGCCAGCGACAAUAUGGAAGAAAGAGAUGAAAAUACUGAUACAGAAUCAAGACCUAAUAAUAAUCCUGAAGCCGUACAAGAGGCCAUGGCCAGCGACAAUAUGGAAGAAAGAGAUGAAAGUACUGGUACAGAAUCAAGACCUAAUAAUAAUGCUGAAGCUGUACAAGAAGCCAAGGCCAGUGACAAUAUGAAAGAAAGAGAUGAAAAUACUGUUACAGAAUCAAGACCAAAUAAUAAUGCUGAAGCCGCACAAGAAGGCAAGGCCAGUGACAAUAUGGAAGAAAGAGAUGAAAAUACAGAUACAGAAUCAAGACCUAAUAAAAUUGCUGAAGCCGUACAAGAAGCCAAGGCCAGUGUUGAAGUUGAAGUGCUAACUUGUCUUUCAAAUGAGGCAAAGUAUUCAGGUUAUCAGGAGUUGGGAACAACUCCAGAGUUUUCCAGCAAAAUUGAUGGUCCAGAUGAAGAAAAAGCAGGAGUCCAACAGAAUAUGGAACUUGGUUCUGGAUAUUUGCUUAGUGAGUUGUCAGAAAAAGAUAAUCAGACCAUCUCUAAUCAUGCUGAUAAUGAUCGAGUUGAAGCUGGCAAUUUAUUAUCUAAUGAUAAAGAUACUAAAAAUUUAAAAUUAUCUAUUGAAGAUGAGGCAACGACUCUUCUUAAUGAGUGCUCGGAACUUCCUCUUGAAGAUGUCACCAAAAAUUAUAUCGAAAAGAUGAACCCUCCCAUUGGAGAUUUAACUCAAAUUACUUCUAUCCAAAGUUUAGAAACAAUCCCCAGUAAUUCCCAGCAAUCGGCUCGCAAGGAUAAGAUAUUUUUGAAAUCAAAAAAGAAAAAUUAUAAGUUAAGGUCCCAUGUAAGUAGCGACAGAGUUUUGCGUUCAAGGACCCAAGAGAAAGCUAAAGCUCCUGAACGAAGUAAUGACUUGAAUAAUUUUACUGCUGAAGAGGAUGGAAAAAGGAAGAAGAAGAAGAAGAGAAAUAUACAAGGAAAGGGAGCAAGAGUGGAUGAGUAUUCAUCAAUCAGGAAUCAUUUGAGAUAUUUACUGAAUCGCAUCAGAUAUGAACAGAGUUUGAUUGAAGCUUAUUCUAGUGAAGGCUGGAAAGGGUUCAGCUCAGAUAAAUUGAAGCCCGAAAAGGAACUUCAGCGAGCAUCAAAUGAAAUAAUGCGACGCAAAUUGAAAAUAAGAGAUCUAUUUCAACGUAUUGAUGCCCUUUGUGCUGAAGGGAGGCUUUCUGAAUCUUUAUUCGAUUCUGAAGGACAGAUAGACAGCGAGGAUAUAUUCUGUGCAAAAUGUGGAUCCAAAGAACUGUCCCUUGAGAAUGACAUCAUAUUAUGCGAUGGCAUUUGUGAUCGUGGGUUCCAUCAGUUCUGUUUAGAACCACCUUUGCUAAACACAGACAUUCCGCCGGAUGAUGAGGGAUGGCUGUGCCCUGGAUGUGAUUGCAAAGAUGACUGCUUAGAUCUUCUCAAUGAAUUUCAAGGAUCAAAUCUUUCAAUCACUGAUGGUUGGGAGAAAGUCUAUCCUGAGGCGGCAGCAGCAGCAGCUGGACGAAAUUCUGAUCACACCUUAGGUCUUCCUUCAGAUGAUUCUGAAGAUGGUGAUUAUGAUCCUGAUGUUCCAGAUACCAUUGACCAGGACAAUGAAUUGAGUUCUGAUGAAUCAAGUUCUGAUCAAUCUAACUCUGAUCCGUCAAACUCUGAUACAUCUGGUUAUGCUUCUGCUUCUGAGGGAUUAGAGGUUUCAUCUAAUGAUGACCAGUACUUAGGUCUCCCUUCUGAUGACUCGGAGGAUAAUGACUAUGAUCCCAGUGUUCCAGAACUUGAUGAGGGUGUUAGACAGGAAAGCUCAAGUUCUGACUUUACAUCUGAUUCUGAGGAUCUAGCUGCCCUUGACAAUAACUGUUCUUCGAAAGAUGGUGACCUUGUGUCUUCAUUAAAUAAUACUUUGCCUGUCAAAAACUCUAAUGGGCAAAGUUCCGGUCCCAACAAGAGUGCACUACAUAAUGAGUUAUCAAGUCUACUAGACUCUGGUCCUGAUAAGGAUGGUCUUGAGCCUGUUUCGGGAAGAAGGCAGGUUGAACGGUUGGAUUAUAAGAAGCUCCAUGAUGAGACAUACGGGAACGUUCCUACUGACUCAAGCGAUGACACCUACGGGAGUACUUUGGACUCGAGUGAUGACAGAGGCUGGGAUAGUGGUACAAGGAAGAGAGGUCCUAAAACUCUGGUUCUUGCAUUGUCAAACAAUGGAUCUAAUGAUGAUUUGACCAAUGUAAAAACUAAACGCAGUUAUAAGAGGAGAACUCGUCAAAAGCCAGGUGCUAUAAAUGUGAAUAAUUCUGUGACUGAAACUCCUGUAGACACUGCAAAAUCUAGUUCCUCUGUUAAGAAAAGCACAUCAUCAUCAAAUAGAAGACUCAGUCAACCUGCAUUGGAGAGACUUCUUGCAUCAUUCCAAGAAAAUGAGUAUCCUAAACGAGCUACAAAGCAGAGUUUAGCACAAGAACUAGGCCUUGGUCUGAAGCAGGUUAGCAAAUGGUUUGAGAACACGCGAUGGAGCACACGCCAUCCCUCAAGCAGUGGUAAGAAAGCAAAAAGUUCCUCAAGAAUGAGCAUUUAUUUAUCACAGGCAAGUGGAGAACUAUCCAAGAACGAGCCAGAAUCUGCAACAUGUUUCAGAGAUACUGAUAGCAAUGGUGCUCGACAUCAAGACUUACCAAUGGCAAAUAGUGUUGUGGCUUCAUGUCAGAGUGGGGAUACAGGGGAUAAGAAAUUGUCGUCUCGGAAAACUAAAAGAGCAGACUCUUCAGCCACAAAAUCCAGAAAACGGAAGGGCAGGUCAGAUAACACGGCAUCACAUUCAAAAGACAGGGAGGGAUCACCAAGGCCUCCUGCCAAGUCACCUAAAGUUAAUGAAAUGCAAACAGCAGAUAGGUUUAAGACAAGGAGGAGGAGAUCCAUUUAGGUUCUGAAGUAUUGAUGCGUUCACAGGAAUUUAUUCGACUAUUUACCCUCUCCCAAGAAACACACUAGAUCAGAUGCGGGGAUUGUUUGAAGGGAGGUAAUUAUGAGAAAUCCCAAUUGUUUGUAGGUCUUUGUGAUCAUAUUGAAAUUGUUCCAGAUCUAAUCCCUCACGCAUAAAUGCUUAGUCUUAGUUACUUAAAUCUAGAGUUUGUUGUUAGAUAUUUAUUUGCAUUUUCAAGUGAAUGUUCUCAUCAGACCCUUCUCUUGAUAUGUGUUAAACAAUCAAUACGGACAUCCAUUUAGUUGGAGAGAUCCUUCAGUUAAACAAGCCUUGUCCAGUAUGAGGUGACAUGAAUUUAUAUCAGCUGGUAGUAGUCCAUUUCUUGAAUCUUCUGCAGGGCCAUCUUUGACUUUUGCAAGCCAUGCCAACUUGAACGCCCCUGGGAAGGAAGCCAUGCAAAUAGAACUAUAGAGCUACAGCUACCCUUUGGCCUCAGAAGCGAUAGAUCACUUAUGGAAUAUGGAUGCAACAUCGUUCUGAAGUCCUAUUCAGUAUUUUAUUGUCCUUAUCUUUAUUGAAAAAUUUUGCGAUUAGUUCGGUUAUGAAAUUUGAACUUUAGAUUUGGCAAAAUUUACACUAAUGUUGAAUUUAGUUCUCUGUAUACAUUGAAAGAAAUUGGAUCUCCUGCAGUUGGAACCUACGUUUAUCAAAUUGAAUGAGUAAAAGUGUUGUCAGCGA